UAUUCAGUAUAGCCUAAACAUUUGUGCCGCACGGUUUUGCUUGUAAAAUGGAUUCAAAAGUCAAGAUUAUUGAACUGAAGCCGGACACAGAAGAACAUAUUCGCAAAUUGUAUAAUUUUGACAAUCCUGGGAGUUUGGAGGAUGCCGUGAACAUAUUAAACGAGUGGGUCCAGCAGCAGCCACAUUUUAAUAAGAAGGAUUUCAAUUCGCGUUAUUUGGAGACUGCAAUUAUAUCAAAUAAGGGAUCAAUAGAGCGCGCUAAACUACAGUUAGACAAAAUGUGCACCCUGAGGACUUUGCUGCCUCACUUUUUUGGAAAGUACAGCGUUAAAACUGAUUUUGGAAAUUUAUAUGAAUCCGUACAUUCAGUUAUGUUGCCUAAAUUAACUGAAGAUCACUACCGGGUCAAUUUAAUUAAAUUUUAUGACGGCGAAUGGUCUACAUCAUUGUCAACAAAUUUUUAUAGAUAUAACAUAAUUCUAGCCGAAUACUUUAGGUUGCAUGACUACGUAAAUGGAGGGGUUUUAGUGGCCGAUUUCUUAGACGCCAACUUGAUGACAAUUUGGGAAAACAAAAACCCGGGACAAUUAAGGCAAGCUUUGUCAGUUUUGAUCCACGGAUACAUCGUAAGAGUUAAAGGAAUAUACAUACUAGCAGACUCAAAAAUCAUUGAUGGAAUUGUGAUGUUAUUUAAGCAAGUUAUUAGCUCUAAAAUGGCUAGCCGGUUGAAAGUCCUCAAAAGACGUGAAGACCUGUAUGAAUUCGUUCCGAAGGCUUUACUUCCUAAAGACUACGGCGGCGAAGAACGUUCAUUAAAAACUCUUCAAGACGAAUGGAUCGAUGUAUUAUCGUCGGAAGAACACUUGACUUACUUAAACGCCAUGAAUGCAGCUACAACCAACGAAUCUUGUCGACCGAAAGACCAAUUUUCGGAACAGUACGCUGGAAUGCCAGGCACGUUCAGAUAUUUAAGUGUAGAUUAAAAAGAAUACACAGAAAUUGAUAUAGUUAACCUUUGACUGGUGACAUAGUUUUUGACUGAUGUAACUGAUGACGUGAGAAAUCUGAGAAGCCGAUGUCG